CAUUUCCGUCUCCUACAGCCACAUGAGAUCAUGACCUUCACCUUGACUUUGUAUGGUAAAUAAAGGUAUAUAUCAUCCAAAUUAGUGAAAGAUGUGUGUUUGCUCUUCUGUGAAGCCAAAGCCACAACCUCAACAACAACAACAACCUUGGUAAUUAACCAUGGAGACCACUGAUGACUCAUCCACCACUUCACAACAACAACCGAACCUGCCACCUGGGUUUCGGUUCCACCCCACAGACGAAGAGCUUGUGGUUCAUUACCUCAAGAAGAAAGUUGAUUCUAUUCCUCUCCCUGUUUCAAUCAUCGCUGAUGUUGAUCUCUACAAGUUUGAUCCAUGGGAAUUACCAGGUAAGGCAUCGUUUGGGGAGGAGGAGUGGUACUUCUUCAGCCCGAGAGACAGGAAGUACCCGAAUGGUGCGAGGCCAAACAGGGCUGCAACUUCAGGGUAUUGGAAAGCUACUGGGACAGAUAAGCCUGUGUGCAGUGGAACUCACAAGGUUGGAGUGAAGAAAUCUUUGGUUUUCUAUGGAGGGAAGCCACCAAAAGGGGUCAAAACUGAUUGGAUCAUGCAUGAGUAUCGUCUUGCUGAUACCAAGCCUAACAAUAAGCCUCCGGGGUGUGACUUGGGCCACAAGAAAAACUCCCUAAGGCUGGAUGAUUGGGUGUUGUGCCGGAUCUACAAGAAGGGUAACACACAAAGGUCACCUAUGGACCAUGACAAGGAUGAUUCCAUGGAUGACAUGAUUGCAGAAGUACCCUCUUCCAUCAACGUGGGCCACAUGAAUGCGAGGUUUCACCUUUCCACGAGCUACAGUGGUGCAUUGUUGGAAAAUGACAGAAACACGUUAGAAGGUGUGGUUAUAGGCAAUGGUGUGAAUGUGAAUGGGAUCAGCACUACAACAAGUGCCAUAUCAUCUCAGUAUGGCACCACCUCAAACUCCAAGCCAGACCUUCCUUUUGCAACUUCAAACAAUAACACUUUAGCCUCCAAAAGAACACUCUCAUCACUCUAUUGGAAUGAUCAUGAUCAUCAUGAGGAUGUUGUGAAUGCCACAUCGUGUGAUCACAAACACUUCAAUUUAGACAGUAAUGGGAAUGUGACUGUUUUGAGGACUGAAGAGAAUACUGACAACAAUGGCUCCUUUGCUACUCUGCUUAACCACUUCCCUCAAGCACCUUAUCAAAUACAAGGGACCAAUUGGUAUGGUUAACUCCAUUUUAUGUCUCUUGUGGCUAUGCUAUGAUAUAUGAUAAUUAUAAUGCACAAGGAGAAGUUAAUUGACUAAGAUGAGGCAAGGAAUCCUCAACUUGUGCUAGCUAGAUUGCAAGGAUCACUUUUAAAGGGCUAUUGAGAUUGUGGUUAUUUAAUUGUAUGGAAAGUGGAAGCACCUAAUCAAUAUUUUCCUUCAACCAUUUGCAGGUAGCUCAAAGGCAAUUAAUACCACAUGAUGGUGAGGGCUGAGCCUGGUACUUUUAGUUUUAUAUAUAGACCAAUAUUGAUAUAUAUAGAUAGAUAUAUAUAGAGAUAGAAAUAGAUAUAGAUAAAGAGAAAUAUUUGCUUGUUUUAUUGGUGAGUAAAGAAACAAAAUGAGGGUGCUCUUUCUGUACAAAAUAUUUCGAGGGUAAAAGAAAGAGUUACCCAUAAAAAUAUAUAUAU